AUGGGGAAGAAAAGAGGAGGCUGGAGAAAAUUUUUCUGUUGUACUGGCCCACCGGAAACGCAGUCUUCAACAUGCCUUAAUAUCUCUUCGUCUGAGCAAUUUAAGCCUCCGUCAGAGCUAGACCCCUCGGAACCAGACCCCUCAGAGAUAGAGCCAGACCAGGACCCGGAAGAUGGCUUGUAUGUUGAGAAUGAGAUACAAACUUCUAAAGUGGAUAUCCCAGAAGAAAACAGGUGGAGGUGGUCUCGAUUACACAAAGAAGUAGAGCAGCAAACCUCAAGGACGGCUGUACUCAUUCCAGAGAUAGAGACGUCAUCCGAGGCGGACGUUCAGGUCCAAACCUCGUUUUCGAGCCUGCCAAGAGGAAAGGAGGCCCAGGCGCAAACUUCGUUUCUCUCCCUGCGGUCUCCAACCCCAGUAGAAAACGAUGCGCAAGUGCAAACUUCAUUUAUGGAAUUGCCAAGAGAGGCGGAAGCUCAGGUCCAAACAUCCUUGCUUUCGUUACCUGGAGAAAAGGAGAUGCAUGCCCAAACCUCGUUCAGCUCGUUGCGAGAAAGGAGGUCUGUAGCAUCUUUUGCAGGAUCUGCCCAGUCCUCUUCCUCCUAUCUAGAGUUGUUGGAGAAGUUUCCCUCUCUGCCCAUGUUAUCUGAGGCCCAGGUGCAGACCUCACAUCUUGACAUAAGAGUUCCUUCGGAGAUAGACAUCCAGUUGCAGACUUCGUUUUCGGACUACAUGUCAGAAAGAGAGUAUGCAUCCUCCCCUGAGCCCCAGAGUAAGCUAUCACCCCAGUCAUCAGUGAUAGAACAAAGCACGAUAUAUCCCGUAUAUAUUGAUACUGGGGUACAAACUAUACCUGUGGAAAUACCGCCCGGCAACGACUGGCGUUCUGCGCGGUUAAAUACUGCGGCCCAGGUGCAAACGUCCUUUGCUUCGAUGACCGAACAACGGCCAAUGCUUGGGUUAGGAAAAGGCGAGGAGACAGCAGGAGACGUGGAAUCCCUUUUUUCCAUAGAAGAGGCACCUCUGCCUUUUGAACGGGCUGAAAGAGCUAUGCAGACAUCUGAGACAUUGCUUCGGCAGUGGAAGAAAUUGCAUUCAUCACAGCCACAAUCUGAUGCACAGGUGCAAACCUCCACCAUUGAUCUGCUAAAGAAGCUUUCUUUGCUAUCCCGGAUUCAGAGCAUGGAAUCAGCUUCCCGUGCCGAGUUACUAAAGAAAGCUUCCUCCCUGUCAGUGGGUGAACCCCACAUGCAAACUUCAAGUCCUGAAUUACUGAGGAAGGCUUCUUCUUGGUCAAACUCUGAGGUCCAAGGCCAGAUCUUAAGUGAUGAGCUGCUGCUGAAGAAGCGUCCAUCUUCGGCGCAAGUGCUUAGGACCUCAGAUUAUGAACUGGCAAGGUUGUUAUCUCCCAAGUCAACAACCAAGGAGGCCCAGAUUCAAACAUCUGAGGUAGAACUCAUUAAUAAACUUUUGUCAGAUAGGUCAACAGACACUCUCUUCCGAAAGUCCUCUUCUGCGUCAUAUAUCAAACCCCAGGAGAUGACCUCAGACACUGAUUUCCCAAAGUCCCAUUCUGCAUCAUUUGCAAAAACUCCGGAGAAGAUAUUGGACAGUGAUUUCCAAAGCUAUGCUUCUAUGUCACAUGCUGAACCCCAGAAGAGGGCAUCAGACACUGAUUUUCAAAAGUACUCUUCUUUGUCAUUGAUUGAGGGUGGCGAUGAUAAUCAAGAAGCUUUAACAGAAGGGAAGGAGUACCUUAUUACCCCACAGGUGAUGGAAGCUCAGAUCCGCAAAUGGUAUCAUGAACUCCCAGAAGUUCAGACCUCAGCCUCUCAAAAAGACCCUCUUUGGAAGCCAACAAUUGACAGUGAGGUACAAACAUCGCAUGUUGAAAUACCAUAUGGAAACAAGUGGCGUGAAUCACGUUUGCAAUCCGAAGCUCAGGUGCAGACGUCAGGGCUUAAAGUACCCGUGGAAAAAGCGGAGUCCUUUCCCCAACUGCAGAAGGCUAACCAGACCCAAACAUCCUUGCUUGAAAUAUGGCGAGCAAGAGAGUUAGCUGAAGCCCAGAACCAGACUUGCAGCUUCGAUGAAGCUGAAACAGAGGAGUUCCCUCACGCAUUACUAGUUGAUAGCCACGCACAAACAUCAGAUUUUGACUUUUGGAAAGCAAAGGAACAAAUGGAUAUUGAAACACAGACUUCAGUAGACAAAAUUCUACAGCAAGGGAUCAGGCCUUCUCCCACUGAACAGGUUGACAAGCUGGUGCAGACAUCUUUUCUUGAUCUGGGGAAAUCAAAAGACUACAUGCAGCAGAAGGCAUCUGAGACAGACUUAACGGAGCCUGAAAGAACGUAUUUCACCCCAUUACAAAGUGACUUUGAAGUGGAGACUGAUACUCAGGCACGACGCUCCAUCUCUGAUUUCCUAGAGGCACAAAAAGAGCCUCCUCUGGCGCAACCAACCAGUGCUGAGGUGCAAACCUCAAAUGUCGAAAUACCUGCGGGGAGCUCGUGGCGUUCAUCACGCUUGCAUUCUGAUGUUCAGCAGCAAACUUCACUGGAAUUUGACGAGGAAGAAUCAGAAGCUUUUCCCUCAUCACAAAAGGACAUCCAGUCACAAACUUCCCUUCUUGACAUAUGGAAGGCAAAACAGCUCCAUGAUGCCCAGAUCCAAACUUCUUGGAUGGAUUUCCCAACAGAUGUGGAAGAUCCUUUUCUCUCACCACAGUCUGAAAGCCCAUCUGAGUACUUCAUGCCUGAGGAAGAACAGUCUCCUCCACCGGCCCUACUGGAUGCUCAGAUGCAAACCUCCCUCCUUGACAUCUGGAAGGCAAAAGAACUCCAUAAUGCCCAGAAGCAAACUUCUUGGAUAGAUGUGCCAGAACCCAUGGAAGAACCUUUUCUCCCACCACAGUCUGAAAGCCCAAUUGAGCCACCUAUGCUUGAGAUGGAAGAGGCUCCUCUACCAGGCAGACUUGACAACCAGGUGCAAACCUCCUUCUCUGACAGGUGGUGGAAGAAAGAACGAGUGGACGCUGAGAUGCAAAGUUCCCUGGCAGAUUUGCCACAGGGCAACAAGGUUGUGCCUUUUCUCCCACCACAGUCUGAAAGCCCAAUUGAGCCAGCUGUGGUUGAGAUAAAGGAGGCUCCUCCUCCAGCUAGAAUGGAAAACCAGGUGCAAACCUCCUUCUCUGACAUAUGGCGGAAAAAAGAACGAGCGGACGCUGAGAUGCAAAGUUCCUUAGCAGAUUUGCCACAAGUCACCAAGGUGGUGCCCCUCCUACCACAGCCUGAAAGCCCAACUGAGCCAGCUGUGGUUGAGAAAGAAGAGGCUGCUUCUCCAGCCAGAAUGGAAAACCAGGUGCAAACCUCCUUCUCUGACAUAUGGCGGAAAAAAGAGCGAGCGGAUGCUAAGAUGCAGAGUUCCUUAGCAGAUCUGCCACAAGUCACCAAGGUGGUGCCCCUCCUACCACAGCCUGAAAGCCCAAUUGAGACACCUGAGCUUGAGAUAAAAGAGGCUGCUCCAGAUUGCAGAAUUGACAACCAGGUGCAAACCUCCUUCUCUGAUAUAUGGCAGAAAAAAGAACGAGCAGAUGCUAAGAUCCAAAGUUCCUUAGCAGAUUUGCCACAAGUCACGAAGGUGGUGCCUCUGCUACCACAGUCUGAAAGCCCAAUUGACCCACCUGAGCUUGAGAUAAAAGAAGGUGCUCCUCCAACCAGAAUAGACAACCAGGUGCAAACCUCCUUCUCUGACAUAUGGCGGAAAAAAGAACGAGCGGAUGCUAAGAUGCAGAGUUCCCUGGCAGAUUUGCCACAAGUCACCAAGGUGGUGCCCCUCCUACCACAACCUGAAAGCCCAACUGAGCCAGCUGUGGUUGAGAAAGAAGAGGCUGUUCCUCCAGCCAGAAUGGAAAACCAGGUGCAAACCUCCUUCUCUGACAUAUGGCGGAAAAAAGAGCGAGCGGAUGCUGAGAUGCAAAGUUCCCUGGCAGAUUUGCCACAAGGCACCAAGGAGGUGCCUCUGCUACCACAGUCUGAAAGCCCAAUUGACCCACCUGAGCUUGAGAUAAAAGAGGCUGCUCCUCCAACCAGAAUGGACAACCAGGUGCAAACCUCCUUCUCUGACAUAUGGCGGAAAAAAGAACGAGCGGAUGCUAAAAUGCAAAGUUCCCUGGGAAAUUUGCCACAGUCUGAAAGCCCAAUUGAGCCAGCUGUGGUUGAGUUAAAAGAGGCUCCUCCGGCUUGCAGAAUUGACAACCAGAUGCAAACCUCCUUCUCUGACAUAUGGCGGAAAAAAGAGCGAGCGGAUGCUGAGAUACAAAGUUCUCUGGGAGAUUUGCCACAGGUCACCAAGGUAGUGCCCCUCCUACCACAGUCUGAAAGCCCAAUCGAGCCAGCUGUGGUUGAGAUAAAAGAGGCUGCUCCUCCAGGCAGAAUGGAAAACCAGGUGCAAACCUCCUUCUCUGACAUAUGGCGGAAAAAAGAACGAGCUGACGCUGAGAUGCAAAGUUCCCUGGCAGAUUUGCCACAAGGCACCAAGGAGGUGCUUCUCCCAUCACAAGCUGAAAGCCCAAUACAGUCACCCAUGCCUGACUCAGUAGAUACAGCUCCUGAAUUUCCUCCCCCAAUUGAACCUAAGGAGCCAACUUCCUUACCUGAAAUGCCCGAGACGAUUAAGCCAGUGGAUGUUCCAAAGUCACUUCCCCCAUCACCAAGUGGCAGCAAGGACCAGACCUCCCAGCCUGAUAUGCAGAUGCCAGAAGAAUUACCCAAAGCGCAGGAGCAGUCUUCCAAGACCAGUUUGGCAAGUGCCAAAGUUGUAACUCCUGUCUCAUCACACACGUCUUUGAGCCCUGUUCCAUCACAAACUGCUGUCUCUCCCGCCCACUCUCGCACUGCUGUCUCUCCUGCCCUCUCUCGCACUGCUGUCUCUCCCGCCCACUCUCGCACUGCUGUAUCUCCUGCCCUCUCUCGCACUGCUGUCUCUCCCGCCCACUCUCGCACUGCUGUCUCUCCUGCCCUCUCUCGCACUUCUGUCUCUCCCGCCCACUCUCGCACCGCUGUCUCUCCUGCCCACUCUCGCACCGCUGUCUCUCCCGCCCACUCUCGCACUGCUGUCUCUCCUGCCCUCUCUCGCACUGCCUCUCCCUCCCACUCUCGCACUGCUGUCUCUCCUGCCCUCUCUCGCACUGCCUCUCCCUCCCACUCUCGCACUGCUGUCUCUCCUGCCCUCUCUCGCACUGUCUCUCCUGCCCUCUCCCGCCCUGCUGCCUCUCCAGCUUCCUCCCACCCUCCUGUUUCUCCUGUCCCACCAUACACUCCUGCAUCUCCUGCCGCAUCAGAAAUUCCCAGCCCAGUCCGACCGCCCUCACCUGCAUCGCUGUACGCAGAGGAGCAGCACUCUGACCUCGCAGAGCAGAAAAGAGCUUCGAUGGAAAAAACAUUGCUGGAAUUAUGGACCACACGAGAGGAGGCCGAGGUUCAAAAGCAAACUGACCAACUUCAGCUUCACCUCGAGGAUUUGCCUUUAUUCCCAAAGCUGGAAGACAGCCAGGUGGAGAUUUCAGAGGUGACGAAACCUGAAGGGAAGAAACCAAAACAAGUGUCUAAAGUGGCGAAAAAGUCGAAAGCUCCUGCGUUUGCUGAAGCCCAGGUCCAGACCUCGUUUGUCGAAAUACCCAAGGGGAAGAAAUGGCGUGCAUCUCGCAUAUUUGCGGAGGCCCAAGUUCAGACUUCUUUUCAAGACCUCCAUGUGAAAGAAAGGGCCCCGGUUUUGCGUGAACACGUGGCAGCCAAAAGGGUACCAAGGGGACCGAAGCGAGCAGCGCCAGUGUCCGUGCACUUACACGUAAAGAUGUCUCCAAAGCGUCAAACUAGCAAUGAAAAGAAAUAGUGAAUUCUUGAA